ACACAGGCAUGUGAUGGCACUUGAACGUCACACCUCCCUCGUCGUCUAAAGAGCGGCUCGGCAGCUGUUUGGAUCCACUGCUGGUCACGGCAAAGCAGGAGCAGCUGCGGCAGCGCGACAGAGACUCAUCCUCCUCCUCUUCCUCUUCUUCCUCCUCCUCCGCAGCAGCGAUGGCAAGAAGAACAGAAGCGCGCGUCCACGGAGGCGUCCUAAAGUGGGGAUUUGGGAUUUGAUGAACCGGAUUUGGAUCGGGGGGUGUUGGAACAAGCUGGGAAGCAAACUUUGUGACAAGUGAUGCUCCGCUUUAACAGAUGAUCCAACUGAUGGAACAAACUAUCUGACAUGAAAACGUGCUCAGCGGUGAGAAUGAGAGAGAGCCGCGGAAGUGCGAACUUUCUGACGUGGAUCUUAAACUUUUUUCUCUACUGGCAGUGGAUUGACGCACAGAUGGGGUUCGAUGGUCCCCUCUCUGCGCAGGAGCAGAUGCUCAUCCUGUAUGAAGUCAAAAUCCAGUGUUACCAGAACCUUUCCAGCAUGGAACCAACAACCACAGAUGAAGUGUGCCCUCCAGACUGGGAUGGUCUUAUUUGUUGGCCUCACGGCUCCCCUGGACAGGUGACAGAGGUUCCCUGUCCAUCUUACAUCUACGACUUCAAUCACAAAGGACACGCUUACAGGAAGUGCGAUGUCAACGGGUCCUGGGUUUUUGUGGAACAGUGGAACAAAACAUGGACAAACUACUCAGAGUGUCUCAGCUUUCUCCAGCCUUUCAAAGAUGAGGAGGCAAGACAAGACUUCUUUGAGAGGCUGUAUGUCAUGUACACUACCGGCUACGCUGUGUCCUUCAGCUCUCUGCUAGUGGCCAUCAUGAUCAUUGGAUACUUCAGGCGCCUUCACUGCACGAGGAACUACAUCCACAUGCACCUGUUCGUGUCCUUCAUGCUACGGGCGGUCAGCAUCUUCGUGAAGGACAAAGUAGUCUAUUCCAGCGCUGGAUUGCAGGACUUUGACUCUGCGCUGCUGGACAACCUAAAAACAGUCAGCAUAGCUUCAGUCGAUAAGUCGCAUUACAUUGGCUGCAAGAUGACGGUGGUCCUCUUCAUCUAUUUUCUUGCCACCAACUAUUACUGGAUCCUGGUAGAAGGUCUCUACCUGCACAGCCUGAUUUUCAUGGCCUUUCGGUCGGAUUCUAAAUACCUCUGGGGCUUCAUAUUUAUUGGAUGGGGCGUUCCGGCAGUGUUUGUGGCCAUCUGGGCGAUUGUUAGGGCUACUCUAGCAGACGCAAGGUGCUGGGAGUUGAGCGCCGGUAAUGUUAAGUGGAUCUACCAGGUUCCCAUCUUGACAGCAAUUGGGUUAAACUUCAUUUUGUUUGUGAACAUCGUGCGAGUGCUGGCCACUAAGAUUCGAGAGACAAACGCUGGGAGGUACGACACCCGGAAACAGUACAGAAAACUGGCAAAAUCCACCCUUGUGCUGGUGUUGGUGUUUGGAAUCCACUACAUCAUCUUUGUCGGGAUGCCUCACACGUUUCAGGGUCCAAGCUGGGAGAUGCGCAUGUACUUUGAACUGUUCUUCAACUCAUUUCAGGGUUUCUUUGUGUCUAUUAUCUAUUGCUACUGCAAUGGAGAGGUCCAGACAGAAAUAAAGAAAACAUGGACACGCUGGAACCUGGCCUUUGAAUGGGAGGGUCCAAUGGUUUGCGGCCGCUACCGUUACGGCUCUGUGGUGGUGGGUCUUAAUAACAAUAGCACCAGCAGCCAGUCCCACCUGGCCGGUGGGGGACCUUCAACACGCUCCACAACGGUCGCCUCGAGCCGCACUUCUCGCAGCACAGCUCCCAUAGUGGCCAAUAUAUAUUCCAAUCUCCCAGGUUAUGUAAUAACCAACUCAGACCCAUCCAUCCCUGAAGAAGCUGAGGACAGUGGCGCUGAGGACAGUGGCGCCAAGCAAGUGGACGACAUCUCCCUAAAGGAAAAUGUGCCGGCCCAUAACACAAGCGCAACAGCUGAGGAAGAGGAAGAAACGCUGUAGCAGUCAACACCAGUCAAGGGUGUAAAAAGAAAAAAUAUACUAUGAAACUGUGAAGAUGGAAGCAAACAAAAACCAAAAAUGUGACUACAUCAACAAGAAAAGUCUAUUAACUCUCUAAAAGAAAGUUUCUAAAUAGACAGAGAGGAUGUUGUGAUGAUGAAAGUAAAUCUUCCCAUCACUUUUGUUUGUCUGACACUGCAAACGGCCAAGAGGAGUUACGAAAACCUUUUUUUAACAAACUGAAACUACAGGAACGAAGCGUUGUGAUGCAAUCUGUGAACUGCGGACCUGAAAGUGAAUCUAACCCAAGAGAGCACAAACUCAACGUUUUGUAAAGGCUUAUUAAGUCAAAGGAUGAUGAUAAUCUUAAAUCUACCUAAAGAGUGUUGAAAAGUGGGUUUUUGUUGACAUAAGUGCCCUUUUCUGUCAUGGAGAUCAUUUUCAGGAUUUCCUAGUAAUCCAGAGACAGUUUCCCAGCUGCUCACUACAAAAGAAAUGGGAAAACAAAAAACAAAAAACAUGCUGUUGCAUGCAAUGCAAGCUCUGUUUUUUAAAAUGUGUUUUGUUACUUUUGUAACCCUCUGUUCCCUUCCAGCUUGAUUAUGUUUUCUGAUCCUGACAAUGACAAAGAGUGAAGAAGCAAACAGCAGAAAGUAGCAUGACCAAAUGUAAAAACAAGAAGAAAAAGUAAUGCAUUUUUGUCCUGAAAGUGUUUAUAUUUGUGAUUUAAAAGUGACAGAAUGUAUUGAUUUUGGAUUUAUCUGAUGUUUUGCUGCUUUUAUUUUUUUGCAAUGAAAAUAACUGUUUUCAAUUCAUCUCCAGGAGUUGGUUGUGUGUCUUCACAGCUUUUAGAGGAUAAAAAAACAACAAGGGACAAGUAAAAAAAAACUUCAAUGAGCUUUGCCUAGUGAGAGUGCAUUUUUUUUCUUCUGUGAACUGCUUUAGCUGAUCCUGCUUUACAAUAAGAGCCUUAAAUCAG